AUGUUUCGGCUCAAUGCUUCUCGUCGAGCGAGUCAAACUCUGACAAACUUUCGACCAUCUACUACGAUCUCACCACUCCGGGAGGAGCGCAAUCAACAUCUCUUCCGUCAUUUUGUGGAAGUGACUAGCCAGUGUAUUUCCGUGUUCGAGCGACAUCACUUCAGUUCCAUUGCUGGGCCGGCGAGAACCCUGUGGAACUUCACACUCCCGUCCAUGGCUAUGUCUCACCCUGCUCUCGCACAUGGAAUUCUAGCACUGGGCGCCUUACACCUCUCGAAAUUACAAAAAGCUUCGGACGCAACUGCUGUUAAGCACUUCACAUAUGCGGUGCGAAGGGUAGGGCGGCUUUUAGGGUUACCUAUGAGGCGUCUCGAGAUUGCCACAUUGGCGACCGUCCUAGUUCUUGGUUUCUAUGAAGUCAUGAGCGGGGAUCAUUCUCGCUGGAAUCUACACUUAUCUGGUGCCACUAGCCUAGUCCUUGAACAUGAUUACGCAGGGAUGACUCGCAACGCAAGGCGCAUGCGGAACGGUGCAAAAGCAAGGGUCAACCAAUGGAUGGCUCGCUUUGCUCUCACAGAAGAGAACUAUGCUCGUGUUGCGGGGAUACCACUGGCUCUCCUUGAUGAUAUUGAUUGGGAUGUCGAUUCCGCCUUGAUCUCCCGGCUGACCGGACUCUCGGUGAAUUAUGACCAUCAAGUUCAGCCUCAAUUCCCAACACAAAGCCUGGCAGCGAGUCUUACGGACAAGGAUAUCGAGGAUUUCAAGGCCAAGAUGGAUCUGAGAUGGUGGUAUUGCAAGCAAGAUGUGUUCCAAAGCUGCAUCGGAGGUGAUCGGCUCAUGUUACCAUUCGAAGACUGGAAGUACUGUCCGCCUCGAGGUCAGCUCGGACGAUCAGCGAAUCCCUACGCAACCCUGGACCAUCUUUGUUUGAUCAUGGCGCGCAUAGCAGAUUACAGUGGAAAAGAUCGAGUUCGAAAGCAACGCGCUUUGGCAGCAGCCGGAGGUGAAUGGAGACCUCCAACAUGGUUGUUCGGACCUCAGGGGCCAGCAAGCGGCAAAAGCGAAGGAUCCAAAAGCCCAGGCCUGGGAACCUUUUCUGCUAGUCCUCAUCCUGGAAAAUCUGGCGGUUCAAACAUGUCUGCGGGCACGAAUGCUUCCAAAGCUACGACAGCACCCAGUGCUAAUGAAGGUAGAGCCCGUCAGAGUAAACCCGCUCCCAAGGGCACGAGUCCACCAGAUCGACUUCCAACGAUGGGCAUGAUUCCUCCACCUGAAGCUCCCAUCCAAAUGCACUCUGCAUUCAAGACUAUGGAUGCAAAUCUGAAGGAUCCUGCUUUCACAGGAACGACACGCGACAAUAAGCCAACGCAGCCUCGAAACCUCGAAGACGAAACCUCCAGAGCUUUCAAGGAGCAUGAGGAUAUUACAAGUGCAUUUGAUCUUUUUGCCAGGUCUUUGGGUCCAGACUUCGACCCCCUUCCAUACACCGAUACUCCAAUAGCGACCCCUUUCGGGCCUGCUUUAGUCUAUAGAAACCCGGGAAUCGCAUGUAUCUGGGCAUUCUACCAUGUUGGCAGAAUACUUCUAUGCCGUUCUCAUCCAGAGAUGCCUCCAGCCGCGAUGGUAGCGGCCAGCGUUACGGCCCAUCUGACUCGGGAUCAUGCCCAGGCAAUUGGGAAGAUCUGUGCUGGUCUAUAUGCGACACAGCAGUACAACCAGUCCGGGGCGUUGGAUCCCACCUUUGCUGGUGCUUGCAUGGAGAGCACCUUUUACCUGCUCUUCGCUGGAGUACAGUAUACGGAUCCCGGACAACGCGGCUGGACCAUCAGCAAAUUACGAGACAUUUCUCAGAGGUGCGGAUGGCAUACAUCUGCUGCUGUUGCGGCCGCCUGUGAAACUACCUGGGAACGGAUGGGCCAAGCAGGUAGAGCUCCACCCUAUGAACGAAAGCUAGAUCCUCGCAACCACGACGACCGACAAACAGGUCUGGGUCCAAGGGGGCCUGAUGCUUCUCCCAUGGCCGGAGACUCCUCAAACGCUCUGAAGGAUCACGAAUCUGCUUUUGUAGUUCACGACCGGAGUUUGAUCGACCGCUCUAAUUCCACAAGGGUUCAUUGGGCUCUUGGACUACUGUCCGUCGAGGAGGACAUCAAGAAUAUGAAGUUGAAUGAAUAG